AUGGCUUCUAUGGGUGCCCCGGGCAAUAGAAAUCCAUUGGAUGUUGUGAACAAUGCUCCUUAUUGCUUGAAGAUUCAUGGGCAAUAUCAUCAUUUGACUUCGACAGCAAUGCGCCCAGCGGAUGGGCAAGCUCCGCGCUUUGCGCAGCUUUACUUUUUAGAUACAGAAGAAGCUAUAAAUCAUAGAAUGAAUAAGAAAGCUAAUCAAGAGUGCAAUAAAAAUAUAAAUUUAAUGUUGUCCUUUCGAAACGAUCCUCAACAUGAUCAAAGAAAAUAUAAUGCUCCACAAGCUAAUGAAAUAGCUGUGGUCUUUCAGAAUGUAGAUGGUGAGCCUCCAUUUGAAAGAGACAUUCGGAUUUAUAAUAAAAAUUCAAACGAUGUUCAACAAAUAUCAAUUCUGGACAAAAGGUGUGACCCAAUGUGUUAUCCUUUGUUAUAUCCAUAUGGUAACGAUGGAUGGCAUUCAGAAAUGAAAUCUUAUAAUUCUAAAUAUUCAGGAUUUAAAGUAACUCAAAUGGAUUAUUAUGCUCAUCUGCUGGCACCAAGAGCCGAAUUUAGCCAAUUUAAAAGAGCAGGCAAAUUGAGAUGUCAAUUUAUACUUGAUGCCUAUAUGAAAACUGAAGCCAAUAGACUUAAUUAUAUUAAAUUAAAUCAACCUCAAUUAAGAGCAGAACUUUAUUCAGGAUUAAUGGAUCACCUUGAUAAUCGAGCACAAAAUGAGGGAAUUACAGUUGGUGUACCUGUAAUAUUACCAUCUUCAUUUAUGGGCAGUCCAAGGAACAUGCAAGAAAGAUACCAAGAUGCUAUGUCUUUGGUAAGAAAGUAUGGUAAACCAGACAUUUUUCUAACCAUGACUUGCAAUCCUCAAUGUCCUGAAAUUAAGGAUAAUCUUGAUGGAUGUCAAAUAGAAGGACUUCCACAUUUGCAUUUACUUGCAAUGUUGAGCGAUGAAGAUAAGCCCCGACUUCAAGAAGUCAUUGAUAUGAUGGUAUGGGCUGAAAUUCCUAAUGAAGAAAAAUAUUCAGAACUUAAUGAAAAAGUUUUGAAACACAUGAUUCACGGUCCAUGUGGAGAUCCCUCGAGGAGAUAUCCUUGCACUGGGGACGAUGGAAAAUGUUCAAAAGGAUUUCCAAAAGAAUUUAGUGAUAAAACUAAUGCUAAUGUAAAUGGAUAUCCCAUCUAUCAACAUGUACCAACAAUUUGGAAUAAAUACAAAGAUUUUAUGAUUGAGGACUUUGUAAAUAAUAAUGUUGUAAAUCCCGAAAAUAUGGCGUUAAACCAUAUACAACAAAUUCUGAUAAAUAAUGGAAGUAGUUGUGAGAAAUUUCAAUUACCAAAUCCAACUGAAAUAAAUAUUUACGAAACAGAGUAUAAUGUAGAUGAAGAAAAAAUACGUGGUGAUUAUUUAUUAUCUACACUAAAUGAUGAACAAAAAUACGUGUAUGAUAUAGUAAUGCGAGCAAUUGAAAAUGAAAAUGAACCUAAGCCCACACUUCUGAAAGGAGGAAGAACUUAUCAUUCUCUGUUUAAGCUUACAAUUCCAAUUGAUGAUGCAGCUAAAUCAAAUAUUAGAGGAAAUUCUCAAGCUGCACGAGAAUUGAUCAAUGCAAAAUUAAUCAUAUGGGAUGAAGUGAGCAUGACUGUUGGACAUGCCUUAACAGUUGAUAAACUUUUAAAGGAUUUAAUGAAGAAUGAUCAACCAUUUGGAGGAAAA